AAUAACAAUAAUAUAAUUACCCAUAUAAAACCAAGGUGCAGCUGCAGAACACUUCUAAGUUUGAAUUCAAAUCGCAUCAUGGAACGUUGGCAAAAUCGCGUCGCAGUAGUUACAGGAGCUAGUAGUGGAAUUGGCGAAGCAAUUGCUAAUGAUUUAGUAGCAGCAGGAUUAAGAGUUGUUGCAUUGGGUCGUCGGCAAGAACGUCUCGAUCAAAAUCGUUCAAAACUUGCACCUGAGUUGCAAAAACGUUUCUUUCCUCGAAAAUGCGAUGUUACAAAUGAAGCAGAUGUUAAAACAACAUUCGAUUGGAUUGAAAAAACACUCGGAGGUGUCGAUAUUCUUGUCAAUAAUGCUGGUGUAGCUCGUUUGGGAAAACUCAUUGAUAUGGAUACAUCGUUGAUAGAUGAAACUAUUAACACAAAUAUAAGAGGUUUGGUUUAUUGCACUCAGGCAGCUUACAAAAGUAUGAAGGCAAGAAAUUUCAAUGGUCACAUUGUGCAUAUAAAUAGUGUUGCAGGACACUCGGUUCCUCAGAUGGAAAAGAAUGAUAGUUUGAAUAUUUAUUCACCAACAAAAUUUGCUGUGACUGCAAUUAAUGAGACGAUACGACGUGAAUUACGGGAUAUUGGAAGUAAAAUCAAAACAACAAGCAUAAGCCCUGGAUUUGUUCGAACUGAAAUUCUAUCGAAGGAAGAUCUUGAGUUAAUUGAAACUUUCUUAAAUCCGGAAGAUAUUUCCAAGGCUGUUUUGUUUGCAAUCUCAACACCGCCUCAUGUACAAAUAAGUGAACUUAUUGUGAAACCAAUUGGAGAAAAGAUUUAAAAAAUUAUUGUUUUUUUUCUACUCAUUUUUAAAUACAAA